AUGGGUACAUGCAAAUGUAAUUCAGAAUACACAGGUUUCGAUUGUUCAUCACCAAUUAAUAACAAUAAUAAUAAUAAUAAUCAAGCAGAAACAGAAACAGAAACCAAUAACAAUGGAACAGUUAUAAUUAAAAAUCAAUUUAUAGGAUAUUCAAUAUCGAUUCAAUUAUAG